UGUUGUUUGCUUAGUUUCGGAGUGGACGAGACGAAAAUGGCAGUCUUGUGGAGAAUUUUCCGGGAAAUAUUUUCGACAUUCUGGCAGUUUUCUUACCACCUUGUCGUUGCCAUUUUCAACACCUUUGUGCCGGCUCGAUUCAGACAGAAGGAUGUUGCCGGUGAGAUAGUACUGAUCACGGGUGCAGGCAGCGGCAUUGGUCGCCUAAUGGCGCUGAGGUUUGCCGCCCUUGGCUGUUCCGUGGUACUCUGGGAUAUAAACAAUAGCAACAAUGAGGAGACAGCCAAUCAGAUAAGAGAACAAGGAGGUCAGACGACUACGUACACGUGUGACGUCAGUGAUAGGAGACAGAUAAAUGAAACUGUUGAAAAGGUGAAAAGACACGUGGGGGAUGUUGACAUCCUGAUCAACAAUGCUGGUGUCGUGUCUGGCAAGCUUCUGACGGAGUGCUCGGAUGAUGACAUCAUCAAGACAAUGGAAGUCAACAUCAUGUCGCACUUUUGGACAGUCAAAUCUUUCCUCCCGUCCAUGGUGGAGCGCAACCGCGGCCACAUCGUGACGAUAUCCAGCGCCACCGCAUUUGUCGCAUCUUCCCACCUGGUGGACUACUGCACCAGUAAAUCUGCCGCCUUUGGUUUCAAUAAUGCCCUGAAGGAGGAGCUGAGAAUUCUGGGAAAGGAUGGAGUCCAUACGACAUGCGUCUGUCCAUCUGUUAUUAACACUGGGAUGUUUGAUGGGUUCAAGAUACGGUAUCCAUGGAUUAUCCCUUAUCUGGAGCCAGAGUACACCGCGGACAAGGUGGUUGAAGCCGUCCGGACCAACCAACAGAUCCUCAUCCUGCCGAGGAUAGUUUACGGUGUUCCUUUCCUGUCAUGGAUCUUGCCGGGCAAAUGUUUGACUGUUCUACUCCAAAUGCUGGGCUCGGACGAGUGCAUGGAGAAUUUCAAGGGAAGAGAGAAAAAGAACAUAUGAUUUCUUAUCAGGCAAGAACCAGGAUCUCAGUAGUGACGCUAGUAGCUCACUAAAAGUUUCAGCUGAGGAACCUCCUUUUGCGGCCAAGACUUAGGCGUGACGGCUUCUAUUUUCUACACUCCGGACGUAGUGGACUACACUCCGGAUGCAGUGGACUUGCCUCCUCUCUCAUACUAACGAGUCAAAGUUUUUUUUGCACUAAAUUUUUUUCCUGCUCAAAAUGAAACAUCAUCAGUCCCAAAAAAUUUUUGGCUUUUGAAAAUUUUUCAGACUUUUUGAACCGCUGAUGUGAUAUACAUGUAUUAAUAAAGGUUUUUCAUGUCUACUAUGGACCGUCAUUCAAAUAAAAAAAGAAACUGUAUGAUAACUUU